GUAUUUUUACAGGCCCUGCGAAUUUGUGGGAUCGGAAGGGGGGGUUUGCUCUUGGAUUUGGUGGAGGUCUCGCCUCGCUCCAUUUUUGCCGAGACCACAAGAAUUUUCUCUCUCUAAAGAACCCACCCCGUUUUCUCUCUCUGAAAUUGGAUCCCUUCGCCUUUACGUCCUGCUUCUCUCUCUAGAAAGCUCUUUCAAUGGCAUCGAAGCGUAUUUUGAAGGAACUCAAGGAUCUCCAAAAGGAUCCCCCGACCUCAUGCAGUGCAGGUCCUGUUGCUGAAGAUAUGUUCCACUGGCAAGCAACUAUAAUGGGGCCCCAGGAUAGUCCGUACGCAGGGGGUGUAUUUCUUGUUACCAUUCAUUUCCCUCCAGAUUAUCCCUUCAAGCCACCUAAGGUUGCUUUUAGGACCAAGGUUUUCCAUCCAAACAUUAACAGCAACGGAAGCAUUUGCCUUGACAUCUUAAAAGAACAGUGGAGCCCUGCUCUCACCAUCUCCAAGGUUUUGCUCUCCAUCUGUUCUCUGCUUACCGACCCGAACCCAGAUGACCCUCUUGUGCCUGAGAUUGCGCAUAUGUACAAGACUGACCGCAACAAGUACGAGACAACUGCGAGGAGCUGGACUCAGAAGUAUGCCAUGGGGUAAAAAAUAAGCAUGAAAACUGAUAAAUUUAGUAAAAGAAGAAUCUGGGGAAAAGAUGGUGGUUUCCAUUAGUAUGGUGAAGGACAUUGGUGUGUUUCUUGUUACUUUCUGAUUUUCCGUAAAGACCCCACGCAGAAAAAGAGUAAAAGGAAAGAGAAUGGAUGCUUUUGAUACGGUGGCUGGAUAGCAAAGUUAUGUACUUGUGGGUGCUUUUUCAUUUUCGGGUUGUUUCUCGUUUUUCGCUUCAGUAUGAAAACCUUCCGUUUUCUCUGACUGUUUA